ACAAGUGCGCAUGCGCGUUGCGGUUAAAUGCUAAAACUGCAGUUUACUGCGAUUUCAUCCCGGAAAGGCUUUUUCGCAUAUCGGUAUGUCCAUUCUUCAUCUCUGUUCCUGACGAGACCUGUUACAUUUAACACCGGCACAGUAGCAGUACAGUAGAAACGUGUUGCCUCCUGCUUACGUCUCUGGUGAAUAGUACAUGAUUCAUAGUACAGUCACUGUUACAACUACAUUACACUGAGAUAAUCCUAUUUUUAUGGUGUUUAUUGGAUAGAAAUAUGAUGGGUGCACUCGGGAACGGUCGACGUGGCGGUCGCUCUCCGUCUCUGCUUGUGGCGGCUCUCAUCGCCUGCAUCCUCCUGCUCGGCUUCAACUACUGGGUCUCAAACUCAAGAAACGUCGAGCUGCAGAGCAAGAUAUUGGAGAUGGAGAGCCGCAUGAGGCAGCUGGCUGCAGACAGAGACCGAGAGCAGCAGAGCAAGCUGAAGGCCGAGGAGGAGACGCGCAGACAAACCGAACAGCUGGAUUUAAUGGAGGAAGCACACCAGAGACAGCAGGAGGAGGCUCUUAACACCUGGAAACGCGAAAAAGAGAAUUUGAAGCUCAACAUUUCCUCCAGUGCCAAAACAGUGCAAGAAAUGAAGAAUCGUAUGAAGUCAUUAAUGGAGGAUGUUAAUAAAAUGCAGAGCGAGCUAAAGUCCUGUCAAAGUAACAUGGACACAUUGAGUAAAAAAGCCACCAGUGAAGUGACUCAGUGUAACAAACAAAUUGAGGCCAUGAAAGAGGAAUGCAAUGUGAAAAUUGCAGCCGCCCAACUGGAAAAGCAAAAGACACCUGAAAAAGUUGCUCCACAGAAUGCUGAUGGUUCCAUACAGAAAGUCUCUGUUUUAAAAUCCAAAUCUGAUGUUCCUCCUACAAACCAUUCAGAUAAAAAUGUGGCAGAAUCUCCAAAAGCCAAACCAGAGGUGGAUUCAAAGCCUAAAAACGAUGCUCACAUCGAAGACAAUGAGUUAGUUGUGGAAAAGGAUGAGAAAGAUGCUGUAAUUUUACAAGACUCACUCGUCCCUACCUCCAAACCAACCAAUAAGGAUGAGAUUCUGAACAAACCAGCCAAUGAAGAAGUUCCAGAGGCAGUUGUGGAUGUUAAAGAACAGGCUGUUAAGGCUCUAGAUACUGUAAUGGAUGAAGCAGACAUUUUUGACCCAAAGGAAGAUGACAUGGGGCUGGGAGUUGAGAAAGAGGAAGAUGUCAAAGCUGAGGACAGGAAAGUGGAAGACGCCGCAGUUGGGAAGGAAGAUCCCAUUAUGUACGACAAUGAGGGCGAGAUAGAAAAACAGCUGUCCAAGAUUAAAGAUGAAAAUCAAGCUGCUGGUCCAGAUGUAGAGGAUGAUGUGGCAAAUUAUAAUGGUGAUGAUGACAACCAACCGGAGUCUGAGGAUGAUAAGCAGGCAGAGCUGGCAGAGAUGUAGUUCCUGAUCACAUGAUGUGUCUGCUGACAGCAACAAUUCUUUCAGCUAAAGACUGUCACGGACUCCCGUUAGUGAUCGUUCUGAGCCUCCCAAUGGUGGGGGAGAACACCUGCUGUAAAGAUUGUAAAGAUGAUUUGUGCUGGGUGAAUACUGCACUACUGUGUAAUGAAGGAUAUGAGUUCAAGUCUCAUAUGUCUUACCAGGACAGGCAUGGUAAAAAUAUUCUUUUUCUAGUACUGAAUUUAAGUUAAACUUGAAUGUAACUACUACUCUUUCGAAAUCGAGCCUUUGAAAGCAUUAUGGUGAAUUUUCCCUCUUAAAUGAAAGAUGCUUUGUUUUUUUAAAAAAAAGUAACAGCUGUUUUGCUACAGAAGCUACUUCAUCUUGUCUUAACGGUUUUGUGUUUUGUUUUAAUGUCUAAACAUUUUAGCUCCUGAAAUAGGAGCACAGGAAUAUUAGAUAUUAGACUGAAAAACACUUAUCACUCACUUAAUAACAGUGCAAUCAAAUCUUUUAUUUGCUGUAAAAAGUUACUUUUAUGUAUAUGUAAGAAUUGCAUUAUAAUUUCUUUUUAACAUUUAAUGAUGGGAACUGGAAUAUUUUUAAAAAAUAUAUAGGUUUCUUACUGAAUUUUUGAUCUCAUAAUAAAUAUUUUAGUUGUGUCA